GCUGAUGAGAUAGUGUCGGUGAACGUAUAUAGGAAACAAGAAGUAUAACCGGCUUUAUUAACUAUACUCAACGAUAAAACUGUUAGUACGAAUGGGCCAAGCUAUCAGUAACAAACCGACCGUGCUGUAGUUUGAGCGAAAUAUCUUCUUCUUCUUCUUUAUCAUCGUCAUUGUUAUAUUCUUCUUUCUUCUAUCCGGUUCAUUGAACCAAAUCAUCACAAAAAUCAUGUCGAAGAUCACUUUGUAUUCGCUACUGGUUAGUCCACCUUGUCGUGCCGUGCUUAUGGUAGGAGAAGCCAUUGGCAUUGAUUUUGACGUCCACGAAAUCAGUUUGAGCAACAAUGAUCAUAAGAAAGAGGAUUUUCUUAAAUUGAAUCCCGAACAUACUAUUCCAACUAUACAGGAUAAUGAUUUCGUAUUAUGGGAUAGCCAUGCUAUCGCCGCUUACUUGGUAGAGAAAUAUGCCGCGGAUGAUUCUCUUUAUCCUAAAGAUCCUCAGCAGAGAGCAACAUUAUGGCAACGUCUCAUCUUCGAUGCCUCGGUCCUUUUCCAUAUUCUUAAAAGAAUUUGUAGACCCAUAUUUUAUGGGUCGGAGAAAAAAAUUCCAAAAUUGUUAAUGGACGAACUCGAAGAAGCUUUGGAACUUUUCGAUAAGCUUUUGGAAGGUAAACAGUGGUUGGUCGGGGAUUCUUACACGAUUGCCGAUAUCUGCAACGUCAGCACGAUCUCCUCAUUGACCGUUAUCGUGCAAUGGGACAAAUAUCCGAACAUUCAAGCUUGGCUAAAACGAUGCGAGGAACAAUUGCCGGGUUAUGAGAAAUACAAUACACCAGGAAGCAAGCAACUUCAUGAAAUAUUCCAACAGAAAGUCAUGAGCGCGAUCGCAUUUUUAAACCUUCCAAUUGCUAUGAGUCUUAAAACGUUCGUUAACAAAUCUGUUCCGACGCUGUACAUGACCGAAUUAUCCCCACCUGUCAGAUCGGUCUUAAUGACGGCUUAUAUAAUCGGUCUUCCCUUGUACAAGAAAGAAGUGAAUUUAAUUUCAGGCGAGCAACGAACGGCGGCAUAUUUAAAGAUGAAUCCACAAGGAACGGUACCAUUAUUGCAAGACAAGGAUUACUAUUUAUGGGAUAGUCACGCAAUAUCAGGAUACUUGGUACACGAGUACGGAAAAUCUGACACGCUUUAUCCGAAGGAUUCGAAAAAACGUGCUAUGGUUGAUCAAAGAUUGCAUUUCGAUACGGGAAUACUUUAUCCGGAAUUUAAAAAUAUCGUGUACCCGGUUAUCGGCGGGGAGAAGAUUAUUACGAAAGAGAAAAUAAAUCGUGUGGAGAACGUUUAUAAGACAUUCGAUUCGAUUUUAGCGAAUUCGGAGACGAAGUGGCUCGUCGGAGACACUAUUACUAUAGCCGAUCUUUGCAACAUUGCGACGCUCUCCACUUUGGAGCUGUUCGUGCCACCGACGGGAAAGUAUCACCAUCUGGAAAAUUGGUUAGCAUCGUGCAAGAAGGAGAUACCCGGUUAUGACGAAGUGAAUCAGCGUGGUCUCGACAAGCUCGUGAACUACGUGAAAAUUCUUUUAACAAAAAAAUAAGAACUAGUGGGCGUUUUCUGAAUAAAACAUACAAUCAGUUUCCGUUUUAUCGACGAUCGUGCCACGUAUAUACAUACGUUAUAAUAUACACGAUUCUCUUUUAUGGGAAGGGCUCGUUCCUCGUGGGAAAUAGUCGAUUAUUGUUUGAAAGUCUCCUGAGAAGUCGGUUAACGCGUAACGAUUAAUUGUUUAGUAUUCUCAUUCUCUCGUCACUAUUCUUUACCGAUAUAUCGAAUCCAUACAAAUACUCUUGAAAAGACCUUUCAAAAGUAUUUUCAAAUACGUAAAUACGAUUUACCGAAGCAUCAAAUUACUUGUCCUUAAUUGUGAGCCUAGUCGAAUCAGGAAUCGAAUUAAAUCUUGAGUUUGAAACAUUUUACGCGGUUGCUACGACGAAAUCUUGAAACCUAGCUCUCGUAAUUCGAAGCGAAUGUUGCGUUUUUCCUUUUUUAGAAUUUUCUUAACGAGAUAGAGAGAAAGAAAGAGAGAGAGAGAGAUAGCUGACCUGGUUCUGCGGUUUCUCUCUUUCUCUUUCUCCUUCUUUCUUUCUCUCUCUCUCUCUCUCUCUGUCACUAUAUAUCGUCAUUUCUUUCUUCUAAAUCGAAGUGGGUCAUGGAAAUAGAAUUGACUCUUUCCAAACUUCGUGCAGAUUAUUUUCGUUCAACUUACUCUUCAACAGGAUGGAUCAACGUAAUCUUGAUUAUUGUCACGAGCAAGAAAAUCAUUUUUCGUGAAAGAUGGCAUUAACAUUUCACUUAGCGCAUAACUGCGAGUAAAAAUUUGGCCUUUAAGGUCACAUAAGUUUUUUUUAUGUACAGACAUCGUUCUCCUUUACUACGUAGUUCGGUUGCAGAUUCUUGCCGAACAGGUCCUUUCAUCUUUUUAAUUCCCUUUUUAAAUACCUCAUGAGUAAGUCGUAUUUUUAGAGAAGACCAGAACCACGAAAAAGAUGAGAAAAAAUGUAGAAAGUUGAUCUCUUUUUUCUCUCCAAUGUUUCGUCUACCUUCCUGUGGUUUUCCAUACAAACUCUUUAUGAUUGUUAUAACGUAAUAUUUAACAACGAGAUUAUAAUACAUCAUCGAUUAUUUAAUCACAAAUGAUUUCGUACAAAUACGACCUCGAUAACCCAUUAGAUUAAGAAUGAUAAAAUCUUGUUAUCGAUUGGAAUAUAUAUAAUACAAGCGAA